GUUCCCCAAGUUUCACUCCUUUAGCCCAUCUCUUCCACAUGAACUCUCUCUUUCUCUCCAUUUAAUUUGUACUCCCCAAAAGAAAAUUUUAAAAGGGUUAAAAAAAAAUUCUUUAAAUGGAUUCCUUGAUAAAACUAUUCUUCUCAAUAUUACUACUAAUCUCUUCCCUCAUCUUUGGAGAAAUCAAUGGAGUCGAGAGUUCUUCAUCAAACCAUCAUCAUCAUCACUUGUCCGGUCCAAAGAAGUUGUUUGUGUUCGGAGAUUCUUACGCUGAUACCGGAAACAUAAAGAAACCUCACGCUGUAUCAUGGAGAGUCCCUUACGGCACUACUUUCCCCGGUAAACCCUCUGGCCGUUUUUCUGACGGCCGAGUCUCCACCGAUUUUUUAGCCAGAUUGUUGGGGAUUAAAACACCCUUUGCUUACCUCUGGAAAGAUUACGUGGGAAAAGAACGUCUACGGUACGGAAUGAAUUUUGCGUACGGAGGAACUGGAGUAUUCAACACUAAGAGUACGAGUCCCAACAUGACCAUUCAGAUCAAUCUAUUCGAGCAGCUCCUCGGCGGUAUCUACUCUCAGUCUGACCUUUCUUCUUCCCUCGCUCUCGUCAGCGUUGCUGGCAACGACUACUCCAAUUACCUCGCCCUAAACCGCUCCAUCGCUGCCCUCCCAAUAUUCAUCAAGCAAGUGGUGGAUCAGACCGAGCUAAAUUUGAGGCGACUCCACGCAUUGGGUCUGGAAAAGAUAGCAAUACCAUCGUUGCCGCCACUCGGAUGCCUCCCCCUCUACACCUCACCCCAGGGUUGCAACGACACUUUUAACGCGUUGGUAAAUUACCAUAACAGCUUGUUGGAGCAAGUAGUGGCCAAUCUUAACAACGAGGCCAGACAAUCGACUUUUGCCGUCAUUGAUUUCUAUAACGCCUUCAUGGCCAUUUUAACGAACAAAGGAGAGAGUCCAGGGAGUAAGAGGUUUGAAACCCCGUUGAAACCAUGUUGCGAAGGCAGUUGUGGCAAUGUGGAUGAGAAGGGUGCGAAUAAGUAUACAUUAUGUGAUGAUCCUGAGUCUGCUUUCUUCUGGGAUGGACUUCACCCUACUCAACAAGGAUGGAAAUUUAUUUACUCAGUUUUAGGCAAAGCACUAUCAGCGUCUUUGCUUAAACUCUAAAACCACACGUUGGGAUCAGAGAACCGAAAUGAAUUUGCUAAAACCAAGACCAAGGCAUAAACAUUGUAUUAAGUAACUUUCAAAAAUAUUUGGUAAUUAAUUAGUAC